AUGUAUCCUAGCGAAAUUACAACCACUCCUAUUUGGAUUCGUCACAAACUGCCGUUAUGUGCUCCCCCACCACCAAGUAGAGACGAAAAAUUACGAAAUCAAAUCAAAUCCCAGCACGUACAAUGUUCCGAAGAAGUUAUAGAAUAUUAUGUUCGACAAGAACGUGCUCGUCUUGAUCUCAAGUGGUGUCUCGAUCAAUUCUUUGGCUGGAAUGUUUCUCAUCCAUGUUUGGGGCAACUUGUAACAGCAAAUAUUUUUGGAACUGUUCAUAUGGCUUAUAUUAUUGAUUUUGAGCUAGCAAAUGUUGUGAUUGCACCGGCUAACAUGUCUGGAAAUUCUGUGGUUAUUAGACGCGAUGAUAUCUAUUCUGCAGAAGACAGUCCAUUCUGUGAAACAUUUUUACUUAAUCAUUAUCUUCUUCACCCUCAACAUGUACUUGAUUAUGUAGUAAAUCAGAAACAUAAAGAUGCAUUAACAGAAUUCCGUCAUGAUGUUUCGUUUAGUUCAACUUUACAUGAAUCUAUUAGUAAAUAUUUCGACACUGAGUGGCCUGAAGGUGACGAAACGUGGUUAAUUCAUGAUGAACUUCCACAGCGUAAACAGUCUGUUACAUCUGCAAACGACAUAGCACUACCGGAUUUGACAUUCAAUAUUUUUGAAAACUCGCUUCAAAAAAAAUCUUGUGUUUCGGAUCAUGACUCAUCAGCACUCGCUCACCCGACAAGUGAAAUACUAUUUUUAUCGCAAACAAAUAUUGCCGAACCCGGCAUACUGUUCAAAUCAAUCAAAUUAUUCAACGAUGAAGUAGCAAGACAACAGGUUACUCCCAAUUUUCACUCUGAAUUUACCCAAAACAACACUACAAUCUCUUCAUACAUGCCGAAGACAAUACUCUCAGAAGAUUCAUUUAACUCGAAUACUAUUCAAUUAGUCUCACUUGAUAUCAGUCUUGUUGCUUUCUUAUUUAUUAGUAUGAUAUUUGGAAAUCUCGUUCCUUGUCUUAUUCUUGAUCAUUAUCAACAAUCCUUAUAUUUAAUUAACAACACCGGCUUUUAUCACAAGACUAAUUUUGAGUGGUUUAGAACUUUAGCUGUACCCUAGUGCAACAAGCUAAUAAUCGGCAGCAGGUGGGAAAAUAUUUCUCCCUGCAUAAAUGGAACGGGUCACUGGAAUUUGCAUACUAAAUUAACAUAAACUAUUCGUAUAUCUUCAUUUGCAUUAGUACCCGCUUAUCUUUGUUAUUGCACUUUCGAUAAAUAUCUAACAAACAUGCCUCUUUGCUAAAUUCUUUUACACUUUCUCUCACCUCCUAUCGUAUACAUGACAUUAUUAUACUUCUUUUUCGUACAUGCAAAACGUUCGAUAUGGCACAUUCGUUCUUUUUUAUAUAAUUCACAAGGCACGCUGAAUAUUUGGAUAACCUUCUAUACCAUUUACUCAUUCGUUUCGUCAAGUGUUUUUUCGUUGUCGUUCUAUGAACAUUUACAUACGUCUAUUACAACAGCGCUCUUAGCGGAUCUAUCUGACUUUCUGCUUCGCCUCCGUGAGACAUUUUUUUCUUUUAUUCUAUACAAUUCUUGUGACCGGGGGAGGUGUUAUGUCAGGAGAUGUCUCUCCUGACAUAAGGAUGCUCUACCUAU